AUGGCAACAACCACCAGAUCUUUUCCGCCCUCCACCACUACUCAACACAAUGUCGACCCAUGGCAAGCAGGGCGAGGUCAAAGACGAGUCUACCCACCGUCGCGAUUCUCACGGUUCGACGAGACCUCAUCUGCGGCGCGAAGGAUACAUCAGACGUCUUCUGUACCUAAGUCAACCCACCGUCACGACUUCUCGGGGAGCUCGCCGUCCGUCCCCGUUCUUCGCUUGAAAACGGCUCAGGAGCCUCGCGCGCCCGAUGCACAGCCUCCCACGAGGACCAUUCACCAUCAAAAAAGUCAUCCUCUCCGCCAGCUCAUCUCAAGCCGGUCACGACCACCAUCGCAUCCAGCUGUCGCCAGUCAGGUUCGCCCUCAGAAUCUGGUCCACUUCGCCUCGCUCAGUGUUCAGCCCGCCGUGAGGAGAAGAGUCUCCUUGCGAGGACGGAAGCCGCUUCUAGCUCUUCUUAACGAGAUUGCUGAUCGCAGCAGGUUGCUGGGUGUCCGGGAGACACUGGUCGGCUUUGAGACGAUCUGGACGGAUGGGAUAGGGAUCAGGAAGGAUAUGGGUGCAGAAGGGGAUAUCAGGGGGCGGAACGGUAGAGGGAGAUUUGGCGGAGACAAUGGCAAGAUGUUACGAAGGCGCUAG